UCACCAACGCAGGCACAGCAGCGUCUCAUGCCUUCACCCGCUGCGGGAUAGACGCCCGCCCGUCCGUCCGUCCGUCCGUCCGUCCAGUCGAGCCGCCGGGGAGGUGCGAGCCCGAAGCGUCCUGGUGAAGAUGCUGGAAAACGGGAGGAAGGUGUUCAAGGAGGGUCUGCUGGAGAAGCGCAGCGACGGGCUGCUGCAGCUCUGGAAGAAGAAGCACUGCGUCCUGACCGAGGACGGCGUGCUGCUGCUGCCGCCCAAGCAGCACGACCACCCGCAGCACCACCAGCCGCACCACGGCGGCGGGGACGCGGGCAAAGUCAAGGAGCUGCACUUCGCCAACAUGAAGACGGUGGACUGCGUGGAGCGCAAAGGCAAGUACGUCUACUUCACGGUGGUCAUGACGGAGGGGAAGGAGAUCGACUUCAGGUGCCCGCAGGACGAGGGCUGGAACGCGGAGAUCACCCUGCAGAUGGUCCAGUACAAGAACCGGCAGGCGAUCCUGGCCGUCAAGUCCACCCGGCAGAAGCAGCAGCUGCUGGUCGUGCAGAUGCCCGGCCAGAAGACGGUCCGCAGCGCGCCGAACGUGGCGUGACCUGCGGCGAGUCCCGCGGACACUGGUGCGCCACUAGCGGUUAAUUGGACGCCGAGCUGGAGGACGAAUAUCGACCCGGGCCGCGUCUGCCCCCGCCGCUUCACCAUCGAGCUCCAUCCUGCGGGAGAACCCCUCUUCCACGGAAUGGUUUCCACAGACCAGUGCCCCGUCCCUUUUCAAAACAGAGACUUGUUUCACAAAAGACUGAUGGACAGAGAGCAAACAGAGAAAACAGCCGUGUUCUACCGUGCGAUUAUUUAUUAGACGUGUACAUAUCUUUUCUAUAAAAAAAUGUUCUGUUGUUGACGAAUGUUCAGUGUGGUUGUUGCUAGAGUGGAACAGGAAGUAGCCGCCCCGGGGUUCAUAGCCUCCCAGUUACUCAUCUGUCCAUCUGGAAUAAGCUGUCAUGCAUAGUUAUCUUAGGACGGUCCCGUAGGUUCGUCAGGUCAGUUCAUUAUUGGUCGAAAUGUGUCAUCGUCCCUGUUUUCAUUGUCCAACUGAACCAAAGAAUCAUUUCAUGACAUUUCUCUCUCUCUCGUGCAGUGUUACGCCUCAGAAUACACUCUACUAAAAUACUACAGAUGCUGUAUAUGAUGAGAUACCUGCUCGACCGAUACGCAACUUAAGUGCUUGAUUUAUGAAUUGAUGAAUUGCUACAGUACAGCUUAGUGUUUUCAUUGUGUACAUCCAUCAUUUUCCAUCAUUUCGUUUGGCUGCAUUCGUAGAUGCAAAAGCUUUUCUUUUCUAGUCUUAAAUCUGAGUCGGACACCAGCUCAUUACCCUCAGUUCGCUUCACCGAGGUGAGGAAGUGACACGCACAGUGCACACGUUGUUAUACUGGCGAUUUUCAGAAGCUGAGUUGCUCCUAAAGGCAGUUUGACUGGUUGCAUUCGGUCCCAGCGGGCGGAGACAAGCGACCGCAGUUUCUCUGGCGCGGUCCCGUCGGACUGAAAUUUAAAGAUACUUUCUUCGAGUUUAUGCUUCCUGGUCAAAACAGGAGAAGCUGUCACAUCUAUUUUUACUUCGCAUCCCUUCGCCAGCAUAUAAACUGGCCGACCGUCACAGCGCUGAUGGGACGCGCUAACUAUCUUCCUAACCGACGGUUAGCAAACUACCGAAUCAGUCACAGUACGCAGCCGAUGCGUCUGGCUAGCACCGCCAUGCUCCUGGCUCACUAGCAGGUUAGCGUUUAGCUCGCUACCCGCAGUGGUUCACGAGUAGCCGUGUCGGCGGCGCGUAUUUCGUGAAAACGAGCAGAUAUGUUUUGCCGCGACACUUUCUGGUGUGACGGAGUCUUUAGCGGAGCCGGAGAUUUCGCCCCAUUGAUUCCAGAAGGUUUUCUCGCGUGCAGAAAAUGCUUUUUGGGCCUAAAGCACAUUAGAGCCAUUCUUUGCCGAGCCAACUAACUUCCUGCUUCCUGCCGACUCCCUGCACACAUGGACAGUUCUCGAUGACACAGCUUCAGUUGUGCUAACACAAAGAGCCAUUUGAAGAGUGAUGGUGACACUCAGAAAAAGUCUGAGUGUGACCAUCGUUUUACAGCUGUUUCUUUUGUAGUUGUUGUGUACGGGGAGAGGUAUGUUUUUUCUGGCCAGUGGGUGUCGCGUAACCCGCAGUUCCAACAGCGGCCACUGGGCCAAAACGGUCUCAAAUCCCAGCGCCGUUCCUGGGGACCCGGUGAAUUCACGACGCCAGAUGUAGCGCUGCUGCUAGGUUUUUUGUGUCUUCACGACCUCUCGGGAAACGACGGCUCAAGUCGUUGUGUUAAAUGACUUUCUCAAGUAGUGUGUAAUGUCCCAGGGCUACAAAACGGCAGGGGCCCGCUAAGUUUGGUACACAGAAUAAGGAUUUGACUCUUUGGCUAAAUCCACUGACCUUUACUGCAACCAGUCCGAUUACUUCUGUCUCUGUAGCAGCUCUGCCUCUGAGAAGUGUUCAGGAAACUGUCUCUCCAAUCUGCAAAUCUUAUAUUUUAAGGCAUGAAAGGAUUUUCAUGUGAAAAAGGUGGUGAUACACAGGGCGACGUUUGGUGGAUGUGACGGCUGGCAGCCUCAGAAAUCGCCUCCGUUUCCUACAUUUCGUGAUGGAGGGAUGUCUUGCUGUCAGGAAACAUUUCAUUUCACUGCGGCUCACGUUGUUUCCUGUUUGCUGGAAGUGCUUCCCGCUGCUUCCCCCUCUUGCCAGUGUAUCACGGCCGAACCAACACAUGCCUCUGCGUUGCUGUCAUCUCACACACAGGUUAAUGGCUGUGCCCUUUCUCUAAUGCAACUGGUGUGAUGCUUCUCUGACAUACCUUCCUGUUGCCAUCAUUACACACACGGUUUUAGCUCUGCCCUUAGAAGCCACUGUCAGAUUCCUUAUUUCAACGUGAGAUCUAUUUUCAUACCUUGAACAGAUACAUUCCAUUAAAAAAAAAUCAAAAAAACAAACAGGCCGGUGUCUCGUGUGGUUUCUGUCCGUCCUCUGACGCAGCGGCAGUUCGGUGGGGUCAUGAGAUGACCUGUGUAACUAGCUGCUGCUCUG